CCUGCCAGUUACACCAUUUACAUGGGAAAAGAUAAAUAUGAGAAUGAGGAUCUCAUCAAGUAUGGAUGGCCUGAGGAUAUCUGGUUUCAUGUGGACAAACUCUCAUCUGCUCACGUGUACCUGAGGCUGCACAAGGGCCAGACAGUGGAUGACAUUCCCAAGGAAGUGUUGAUAGACUGUGCCCAUCUCGUGAAGGCAAACAGCAUCCAAGGGUGCAAGAUGAACAACGUCAACGUGGUGUACACACCUUGGACCAACCUGAAGAAGACAGCAGACAUGGAUGUGGGACAGAUUGGAUUCCACAGGCAGAAGGAUGUGAAGAUGCUGACAGUGGAGAAGAAGGUGAAUGAGAUCCUGAACCGCCUGGAGAAGACUAAGGUGGAAAGAUUCCCAGACUUGGCUGCAGAGAAGGAAGCUCGGGAUAGGGAGGAGAGGAAUGAGAAGAAAGCCCAAAUCCAGGAGAUGAAGAGGAAGGAGAAGGAAGAGAUGAAGAAGAAGAAAGAGCUGGAAGAACUGAGGAGUUACUCAUCGCUGAUGAAGGCUGAGAACAUGUCAUCCAACCAGGAUGGCAAUGAUUCUGACGACUUCAUGUAA